AUGAACAACUCUGCCCUCCUUUCCCUCCUCUGCCUCGUUGCUCUGCUCCAUCAAUCCCUAGCAGCUUCCCCACAAUUCAAUGUCAUCCAAUUCGGGGCAAAACCCGACGGUCGGACCGAUUCGACCAGCGCCUUCCUAGCAGCGUGGAAGCAGGCCUGCAGCUCGACUCGCGGCGUCACAUUGUACGUGCCGAAAGGCAGGUUCCUAACACGGAGCAUGUUGUUCAAAGGACCGUGUCGUAACAGUGCAAUCUUCAUUCGAAUCGACGGCACCCUCGUCGCGCCUUCCGACAUCUGGGCCAUCGGGAACAACCCGAAUUGGAUCGAAUUCCAAUACGUCAACGGCGUCACCAUCUCCGGCGGCGUCCUCGACGGCAAGGGCGCACCUCUGUGGUCCUGCAAGCUCGCCGGCCGUAAAUGCCCCACCGGCGCCACAGUACGUAACGGACCCCAGACUCUGGGGUUUUCGUUCUGUAACAACGUUCUGGUGAGCGGGGUGACGUCGCUCAACAGCCAGAUGUUCCACGUGGUCAUCAACUUCUGCCAGAACGUGAAACUGCAGGGCGUCAGGAUCUCCGCCCCCGGGAACUCGCCCAACACGGACGGAAUCCACAUCCAGAUGUCCACCGGCGUGACCGUCGUCAACACGAAGGUCGCCACCGGCGACGACUGCGUCUCCAUCGGCCCCGGCGCGGCCAACCUGCGGAUCGAGAAUUUCGCAUGUGGCCCCGGCCACGGUAUCAGCAUUGGGAGCCUAGGCAAGAAUGUGAACGAGCCAGGGGUGCAGAAUGUGACAGUGAAGUCAACCACAUUCACCGGAACGACGAACGGGCUGAGGAUCAAAUCGUGGGGGAAACCCAGCAACGGGUUCGCCAGAAACAUUCUCUUCCAACAUGCUACGAUGAACAAUGUGCAGAAUCCCAUCUUCAUCGACCAGCGUUACUGCCCCGACAGAAACUGUCCGGACACGGCCUCGGGGGUGAGAGUGAGCGACGUGACGUACCAGGACAUUCACGGAACAUCGGCCACCGAAGUGGCGGUGAACUUCGAUUGCAGCAAGAGGAACCCUUGCAAAGGGAUUCGACUUGACAACGUGAGACUGACUUACAACAAGAAGCCGGCGGUGGCGUCUUGUGCCAAUGCCGAUGGAACGACAAUUGGGCUCGUGCAGCCCGGCAGCUGCUUGUAG